AUGGUAAAACGAAGUCUAUCAUCAAGUGUUAAUAUAAAUAGUACUCGAACAAUAGUUGCAUUAACGGCAAUAAUUGUGAUCGUUUUAAUCGGUUUAUGUGGAAUUUUGAUUGAAAAAUAUUGGAAAAAAUCUUUAUCAAAUCUAUUCAAAAUCGAAAGUAAUAAAAAGCAUUUCAAUCCAUGGUUUCAAAUCAAACGAUAUUUCCUAUAUUUAAUAUUAUUUAUAAUUAAUAUGAUAUGUAUUGCAAUUAUUUAUUUAUUUGGUGGCCAACAAGGAGUGAUUGUAGUAAUAAUCAUUCUUAAAAUCAAAGAUAUCUUAUGUGCAAUAAUCUUACCCUUUUAUAAUUUAUACAAAACUUAUUCAUUGUAUGACUAUAAUCGACCGAUAUUAAAUGGAAAUCAAAAGACAAUUGUAUCUAUAGUACCUGUUUAUAAAGAAAAACUCGAUGAAAUCUCAUAUACAAUCGAUUCGAUUAUUCAUAAUUCAUUUAAACUAUAUAGAUUAUUAAUUGUGAUUAUAUCUGAUGGAAAUUCGACAGAUGUUGAUUCUGUUUUAAACAAAACGGUCAAAUCUCAAACAAAUAUUGAAUACAAUUCGUGGAAAGAUGAAAAUAUUAGUUGUGAUAUUAUUUAUGGUUAUCGUCAUCAAGUUCCAGUUGUUAUUAUUAAAAAAGAGAUUAAUAUGGAAAAGAAAGAUAGUCUUAUCUUAUCAUUUGAUUUAUUCAAUAGUUUAAGAAAUGAUAUAUCAACAUCAACAGUUAAUUUUAGAAAAUUAAUAAGAAAAGAAAUCAAACAUUUGUAUCGUAUAUCAAAAUAUGAUUAUAUGUUUUUCACAGAUGCUGAUAGUUUUAUUCGAUCAGGUUCAUUAACACGUCUUAUUGACGAAAUGGAAUAUCGACACGUUGGUGCUGCAUGUGGAAUUGUUAUGGUCGAUUUCAAUAAUCAUUUUGGAGGAUUUUGGAAUCUUUAUCAAAAUUAUCAAUAUUUAUAUGGACAAAUUCUAAGAAGAAGCUUUGAAAAUAUCUUCCGAAGACUUACUUGUCUACCUGGUUGUAUUACAAUGAUUAAAGUUGACCAAAAAUUUUCGUAUGUUACGUCUGAUUAUGCAAAAAUGCCCCGUCAGAGUCAACUUAUUCAUACAACAGUUCAAAGACUUGGUACAGACCGUCGUUUAGCAUAUCUGAUUCAAUACCAUAAAAUAAAGACAUGCAUGGUUGAAUCAGCUGUUUGUUAUACGAAACCUCCGCAUAGUUUAUACAGAUUUUUAACACAACGUCGUCGAUGGGGAAGUAAUGCUUUUUUUAAUUCAUUACUUGGUGUUUGUUCAAGUCGAAUUCAUCCAAUAAUUCGUUUAUCUUUAUUUCUUGAUAUGGCCAGAAUGGCUUUAGUUUAUUUUCGAUUGUUUAAUAUUGCUUUAUUUAUUUAUCAAUUAACACAACAUGUUCAACUUAUUCAAUUAAUAAUUCAAGUAUUUAUUGUUUUAUAUCCGACGUUUUAUUUUUUUAUUUCAUCGUUUUUGAAAGCAAAACUUCGAAGAAUAUAUCCGAAACUUGUUCUUGGUUAUAUUUUGAAUAAAUUAUGUACUUCGCUUAUAUCUGUUGCUGUUAUUACAACUGUUUUUUAUAAUGUGGGAAAUUUAUCAUGGGGUGGACCGAAGAAAAACGUGAAAAAUACAUCCGAUCUACCCAUUUUUACUAUACAAAUUGUUUAA